CCCAAGUCCGACUCUUCUCCCUCUUUACUCCAUCCUUGUUUACGACUCUACGACUCUCCUCUGUUCUACCGCUUAACCGCCUUUUCACAUAAUCACAAUGGCCACCUCCAUCAAGUCCAUCCGAGCCCUCGCUCCCCUCCUGGACCGUGUCCUCGUCCAGCGCAUCAAGGCCGAGGCCAAGACCGCCAGCGGCAUCUUCCUCCCCGAGUCUAGCGUUGAGAAGCUCAACGAGGCCAAGGUCCUCGCCGUCGGCCCCGGUGCCCUCGACAAGAAGGGUAACCGACUACCCAUGGGCGUCGCCGUCGGUGACCGCGUCCUCAUCCCCCAAUUCGGCGGCUCUCCCGUCAAGGCCGGUGAGGAGGAGUACCAGCUCUUCCGCGACAGCGAGAUCCUCGCCAAGAUCAACGAAUAAGAUACCCCCAGCAUACAACUGGAGUUAGCAUGUACCAUAUUGUACCAUAAGGGAAGCGGCAGACGCAAGAGACGGAACUCUUUUGCGGAAGCUGAAUGGAAGGGGAAGACGGAGGAGUUGACUGUAAUGUAGGCGCAUGAUGAAGACCAAGUACGCGAGGAGAAAAAUAUCUGUGUCUAUAUAUGUGCAAUGGACAUGAGAGAAGAGGUCAUACAUAUUGGUCGCGCAUCGAGUCAGAAUCAAAUCUCCACUCUUGCCCUUUCAACUCAUGAUAUCCUUGGAUGACGUUAAGGGACACACGGCAUGAAACUUUAUGGAACAGGAAACAAAGUAAA